AUGGCAUCACCUUUGUUCUUGUCACGGGGAGCCCUGCCCCGCUUGGCUUACCACAGGCUGGCCGGUAGCAGCCCCGGCAUCGUCUUCCUCUCCGGGUUCCAGGACAACAGGGCGAACCCCAAGUGCCUGGCCCUGGAGCAGUUCUGCCAGGAGUCGGGACGGGCGUUCCUGAGCUUUGACUACACGGGCUGCGGCAGCUCGGACGGGUGUUUUGAGGAGUGUUUGAUCGGCCACUGGAAAAACGAUGUCCUAACAGUGCUGGAUGAACUCACCAGUGGGCCACAGAUCCUUGUUGGUGUCAGCAUGGGAGGCUGGCUCAUGCUCUUAGCAGCCCUGGAGCGGCCAGGGAGGGUGGCUGGGCUGGUGGCCACAGGAAUCGCGGCUGAUGUCUUCAUAACCCUGUACAGAGAGUUUCCUCCGGAGGUGAAGGCCGAAGUGGAGCAGACGGGAGUCUUUAACUACGUGAUGGCUGGGGCCGGGUCUGUGCUACUUAAGCGGGAGUUCUUUACGGAGGCGGAGGAGCACGGUGUGCUGGGGCGCCCGUCCAUCCCCAUCACCUGCCCCGUCCGCUUGCUCCACGGCAUGCAGGACCAGCUCGUACCAUGGGGCACGGCCGUGCAGGUGGCGGAGCAGCUGCAGAGCCAGGAUGUCCGCGUCACGCUGUUCAAGGACGGGCAGCACGGCCUGAAGGGAGCGGAGGAGGUGAGGGUGCUCGUGGGGACGGUCAGGGACCUUGCUGAGAGCCAGGCCUGA